GGAGCGGGCCGCCUCCCCUGCCCAGCCCUGCGCUCUUUGUGGCCGCCGUGCAGCCGGGCUGCGGGCUGCUCGUCGCGGAGGUCGGUGUGAGGAGGGGAGCGCGGCGUGGUGUAGCGCAGCCAUGGGGCUGCAGCCUCUGGAGUUCAGCGACUGCUACCUGGAUAGCCCCUGGUUCAGGGAACGGGUGCGAGCCCAUGAGGCCGAGCUGGAAAAGACCAAUAAGUUUAUCAAGGAUUUGCUCAAGGAUGGAAAAAACCUGAUCGCCGCCACCAAAAACCUUUCAGCAGCCCAGAGAAAAUUCGCCCAUUCUCUGAGAGACUUUAAAUUUGAAUUUAUUGGUGAUGCAGAGACAGAUGAUGAAAGAUACAUAGAUGCUUCUCUCCAUGAGUUUUCAAACUUCUUAAAAAAUUUGGAAGAGCAAAGAGAAAUUUUGGCGCUCAGUGUUACUGAAACUCUGAUCAAACCUUUGGAACGAUUUAGGAAAGAGCAGCUAGGAGCUGUAAAGGAGGAAAAGAAAAAGUUUGAUAAAGAGACAGAGAAGAACUACAGUUUGCUAGAAAAACAUUUGAAUUUAUCAGCUAAGAAGAAGGAGGUACAAUUACAAGAGGCGGAUAACCAAGUGGAACAGAAUAGAAAACACUUUUAUGAGCUCUCCCUCGAAUAUGUGUGCAAGUUGCAAGAGAUUCAGGAGCGGAAGAAAUUUGAGUGUGUGGAACCUGUGCUAUCAUUUUUUCAGGGUUUGUUCACUUUCUAUCAUCAGGGAUAUGAACUCGCUAAAGACUUCAGUCAUUACAAAAUGGCCCUGCAGAUAAAUAUACAAAAUACACGAAAUCGUUUUGAAGGAACAAGGUCAGAGGUAGAGGAACUCAUGAACAAGAUCAGAAGAAAUCCUCAGGAACACAAAAGAGCAAAUCACAACACAAUGGAAGGCUACCUCUAUGUACAGGAAAAAAGGCCUGCUCCCUUUGGUUCCAGUUGGGUGAAACACUACUGCACAUAUAGGAAAGAGACAAAGAAGUUCACCAUGAUUCCAUUUGAACAUAGAUCAGGAGGGAAAGUUGGCGAUGGGGAACUCUUCAUCCUUACAUACUGCACGAAAAGAAAUGUAGAUACUAUCGACCGGCGAUUCUGUUUUGACUUAGAAUCUUCAGACAGGCCUGGUGUCCCUGUGACCAUGCAAGCCUUUUCUGAGGAGGACAGGAAGCUGUGGAUGGAAGCUUUGGAUGGAAAAGAAGCUCUGUUCAUCAAUUUGAAUAAAGCAAAUGCAAAACAAGAGGGAAGUGCACAGUUGGAUAAGAUAGGGUUCACAGUCAUCAAAAAGUGCAUCAGUGCUGUUGAAACACGAGGUAUAAAUGACCAAGGAUUGUACAGAGUUGUGGGGGUGAGUUCAAAGGUCCAGAGACUUCUGAGUUUAUUGAUGGAUGCAAAAACCUGCAAUGAAGUUGACCUGGAAAACUCUGUAGACUGGGAAGUGAAGACAAUUACUAGUGCUUUGAAACAAUAUCUGCGAAGCCUUCCAGAGCCACUGAUGACUUAUGAGUUGCACGGAGAAUUCAUCAUUCCUGCCAAAAGCGGGAGUCCUGAAUCUCGAGUAAAUGCUGUUCACUUCUUGGUUCAUAAACUCCCAGAAAAAAAUAAAGAGAUGCUGGACAUUUUGGUGAAACAUUUAGCUAAUGUUUCAAAGCAUGCCAAGAGGAAUCUAAUGACUGUGGCAAAUCUGGGGGUGGUAUUUGGACCAACCUUAAUGAGGCCUCAGGAAGAAACUGUAGCAGCUAUCAUGGACCUGAAGUUUCAGAAUAUCGUUGUUGAAAUCCUCAUAGAAAACCAUGAGAAGAUUUUCAAAACCUUGCCUGAUGUCACUUUUCCUGAGUCAAUCUCAAUGUCAGUAUCUCCUCCAAAUGCCCCACCAAGGCAAUCCAGAAGACAGGGGCAACGUACUAAGAGGCCUCUGGCUGUGUACAAUCUUUGUCUUGAGCUGGAUGAUGCCGACAGUCACAGCUCUCCAAAAGAAGACACUCCAACUGGUAGCAUGGAUUCUCUUUCUUCCCAGUCUCCUACUCCUGUAUUGUCUGGUAGCCCUCCUGGGCUACUGGAUAGAAAUCACCUUAUUAUGGAUAGCGGAGAUCUUGCAGACUGGACAACAAAUCUUUCUGGUCAAAGCCGCUCGUCGAUGGUUUCAUGGAUGAACACCCCGUGCACCAACCCACUUGCUACCAACACCGCACCAUCUGCUUUCUCCUUCCCUCACCCUUCCACUGGAAGUGACAGAGCAGUGGAGAGCGUUGCCCACCGAAAAGCAAGAGCGGUUUAUCCAUGCGAAGCAGAACAUAGUUCUGAAUUAUCAUUUCAGACAGGAGCAAUUUUUGAAGAUGAGGGUUUGUGCAGCCUGUAAAUGCACCAGAGCCGUACACAGGGCUAUCGGGAAGCCUUCCAUGAAGUCGCACCUUGAUGGCUCAAUAUGCCUCAAGCAGAGUUCUCUCCAGCAGAAUUCAUCCACAUGCCUUCGUCUGCACUUGCAGUAACCACAGGUGAGCACCAAAUAAUACAUUUAAUUCUAUUGAGAUCUGCAGUUAAAAUGUUGUUUUAACACUUUGCCGGAUGGCAUGUUUUACCUACCAAACAUCUUUGAAAUGAAAAGGUAUUUUUCACUACUUUCUAUCUUAGCAAUACUUAUUGUACUUAAUAUAAAGUCCUGAUCUCUGUAGCUACCUGAGAGAAAGCAGUGUCCCAGCUUGAGGUCAGAGAAGAAGUUUCAUUUUGUUUUUAAGUAGCGAUAGCAUUAUCUUAUUUCUAGAACAGCAUAUGACAGAUACAUCUGCUUCCAAGCAGAUGGGCAAUUUUUCUGACAAUUCAGCAAACAGAAGGCAGGUGCAAGGAUUUUUGGCAAUGGAAAGUUUGUGUGACUUGUUACUAUUAAAAGAAACAAAAAGCAAAGUGCAGUUAGAUGGUGGUCUUGCAUCACAGCCUGAGCUUCAUGCUGAACUCUGUGAUAAAUAUUUCGGGGGUAGUACAGAACAAACCAGCAUAGCAAGAGUUGUGUUUCCCCCUUCUGACUUUCUUAACAUAAUUGGAGGAGGCCCAACUCUUGAGAAGGCGGUUUAUUAACUUGAGAAAGCUCGUGUACGUGGAGCAGUAACUCCAUAUUUCCACGAAGGAAAAAAACAACUCAUCAGUGGGGACAGCAGCCCUAGGAUAGCUCAAGCUGGAUGCCAGGCUUGCCCAGCCACUGAAGGUUGCGGGGUUUGCUUUGUUGUGCAGGAUGUGGUUGGUGUCAGUGUUGCCACUUUUUACUUGGGAAGUACAAGGACCCCAAUUAAUUAAGGGAACCAAACUCCUCAAUGUUGGACAUUUCUUAGUAUGCCCUGUCUGGCUGAAAUAGACAGAGCAGCAUAAAUGCAAAGCGUUAGCUGUAUGGGGACAGAUGUUACAUUGCACUGUUAGUUACUGUGUUGUUUGAUAUUGUUUCCAAAUGCACAGAAGUUUAUUUCUAAGGUUAUUGCUGCACCAGCAGCUAUUUGAGAUUAAAAUGCAAGAAGUACUUGCAAUCAAACCAGUUUAAUUCAGGUAUAUUUGUACAAUUUAUAUAUAUAUAUUAAAAAAAAAAAUAGGUACUUGCAGACAUUAACAUAAAGACCAAACAGUAUUUUCUAUUUAUUUAAAAAGCUUUAAACAUACAGAAGCAAACCCCCUAAUUAUAAAUGCAUCAUUAUGCAUAGAUGUUACUGUUUACACCAUACUGCUGGCUGCUUGUAUUUUUCCAUCCAGGAAUCUAGUUAAACUCCAAGAGUGCUUAAACAUUCCUCUGAGCUUCCUGGCCUCAGAUCUGCUUUGCUGUCUAUCUUAUCAAGUCAUUGACCUCCAGCUGAAAACAUUGCUCUAAAAAAAGAAAGUCAAAUCUUUAAUAAACAAUUAAAAGUGCAUUAACUGUAGAAUUGUUUUAAUUUCAUAAAUGCUUAAACAAGUCAGUGAAAAACACCACCCUGUGAAUUAGCUUUUUGCAUUACUGAUUGUAAAGUAUCGUUUUAAUAAGAUUUUGCUACUGCAAACUUUAGUCUAUUUUAUUUUGUGCAACCGGUCAGCUGCACAAUGUGUAGUAUUCCUGAAAUACCCACUGCAGUACAUUGACACUAUUUUACAUUGUUAACUGCAUAUACAAUGCUCUUGCUGUAUAUCCCCCUCCUUUCUUAAAACAAAAUAAUUUAGCUCAGUGAACAGGAGCCCACUCUUAAAGGAUGUUUUCGUUUGUUUUGUAUUUUGCAGGAGACAAAUGCCUAUUUCAUUCUAAACAAAUUCAACAUAACUUCAUGGUAGCUGAAAACCAAAGGUUUUGUUUUCUGCUCUACGCAGGUUUAGAUAAGAAAAAAACGUGAUGGCUAUUCUGCUUGUGUCCUUGCUAAGAGAAUACUGCCUCUUCCAACAUCUAUAUCCAAUUGUAUCUAUUACUUCAAUGAGCUCUGGCAAAAAAUAAUAAUCAAUGAAUGGUUUCAUAAACAACAGGUGAUUAAAGUAAAGGAUUUAUUAUAAUCUGCUUACAGUUGUUUGCAAAGACAGACAUACGUUUUUGCAUAAAGAUAUAAAUUGCUUUUUAAAACUAAUUUAGUGUGUUUAAUUAUAUGAAGUUUCUGUGAAUUAUGAAUUGUACCAAACCAAGAUUAAAAGUAAUAAGGUACAAAAAUAGGAGCAAACAGACAACAAUUUGGACUGGGACAGGCAUUUAACAGUGAAGUGUAGAAUAUGGCUUUGCUAUUUUAAUCAAGCAAAGUUACUCUGAGACAGAAAAGGAGGCAGUAACUUUGUUAAUAUAAAAAGCUGCUGCAGACUGUAUUCACCCAGAACCUGGCUUUGAAAUUUUCUAUUUUAGACUCAAAAAAAAAAUUAAUUAAAAAAAAGAGGGAAAAAAAAAAAAAAAAA